GUUGAAAGGGGGCGUAUGCCAGCAUGGAGAGAGUCUGAUGUUGACGUUUGUUGUUGCUAGUUUUUUUUUUUUUUUGGAAUCUUUAUUUAUUUCAUUUUAAAACUCGAUUCCUGGAUUUAAUAUCUCAUGAGAAACCGGACGCGGUUUGCACAAAAUGUCUGACGAAGAGCUGCCGUCCACUUCCGGCGAGCGCGCGGGCGAAAAGGAGCAGGAUCAUCCGUUCCAGCUGGCUCCGCCUCCAAAAGCCGCAGUGAAAGAAACAACAGUGGAUCCUGAGUAUGAAGAAAAAAGAAAAGCAGAUCGGGCGAACAGGUUUGAGUUUCUAUUAAAACAGACUGAGCUCUUCGCUCACUUCAUUCAGCCCGCCGGUGUAAAAUCUCCCACGUCUCCCCUGAAAGUGCGACUCGGUCGACCUCGAGUGAAACCAGAUGAAAAACAGAGCUUGCUGUCAGUGGGGGAUAAUCGUCAUCGGCGUACGGAGCAGGAGGAAGAUGAGGAGCUGCUGUCAGAGAGCAGAAAGGCCACCAACAUCCUCGUCCGCUUCGAGGAGUCACCAUCAUAUGUGAAGAACGGCGUUCUGAGAGAUUACCAGAUCAGAGGACUGAACUGGAUGAUUUCUCUCUAUGAGAACGGCAUCAACGGCAUCCUGGCUGAUGAAAUGGGUUUGGGGAAGACCCUGCAGACGAUCGCGUUACUUGGGUAUCUGAAGCACUACAGGAACAUCCCCGGCCCACACAUGGUCCUAGUGCCCAAAUCCACACUGCACAACUGGAUGAACGAGUUUAAACGCUGGGUUCCGUCACUCAGAGCCGUCUGUCUGAUCGGGGACAAAGACGCUCGAGCAGCGUUUAUCCGUGACGUGAUGAUGCCGGGUGAGUGGGACGUGUGUGUGACGUCGUAUGAGAUGGUGAUCAGAGAGAAAUCAGUGUUUAAGAAGUUUAACUGGAGGUACCUGGUGAUCGACGAGGCUCAUCGCAUCAAAAACGAAAAGUCCAAGUUAUCUGAAAUCGUCCGCGAGUUUAAAACAACGAAUCGUCUUUUACUGACCGGAACUCCGUUACAGAACAACCUGCACGAGCUCUGGUCUCUACUCAACUUCCUGCUUCCAGAUGUGUUUAACUCCGCCUCUGACUUUGAUUCAUGGUUUGACACAAACAACUGUCUGGGAGAUCAGAAGCUGGUGGAGAGACUGCACGCGGUGCUGCGUCCAUUCCUGCUUCGUCGGAUCAAACAGGAAGUGGAAAAGAGUCUUCCUCCCAAAAAGGAAGUGAAGAUCUACCUGGGUCUGAGCAAAAUGCAGAGAGAAUGGUACACACGCAUCCUGAUGAAGGACAUCGACAUCCUGAACUCGGCGGGUAAAAUGGAUAAAAUGCGGCUGUUGAACAUCCUGAUGCAGCUGAGGAAGUGCUGUAAUCACCCGUAUCUGUUCGACGGAGCGGAGCCGGGACCGCCCUACACCACCGACACACACCUCGUCACCAACAGCGGCAAGAUGCUCGCGCUCGACAAACUGCUGCCCAAACUCCACGAGCAAGGUUCCCGGGUGUUGAUUUUCAGUCAGAUGACGCGUGUGCUGGACAUUCUGGAGGAUUACUGCAUGUGGAGAGGAUAUGAGUACUGCAGACUGGACGGAAACACACCACACGAGGACAGACAGAUAGCGAUUGAAACGUACAACGCUUCAGACAGCACGAAGUUCAUCUUCAUGUUGAGCACUCGUGCAGGAGGACUCGGGAUUAAUCUGGCAACUGCUGACGUUGUCAUACUGUACGACUCGGACUGGAACCCACAAGUCGACCUGCAGGCAAUGGAUCGCGCUCACAGGAUCGGUCAGAAGAAGCCGGUUCGAGUGUUUAGACUCAUCACGGAGAACACGGUGGAGGAACGGAUCGUCGAGAGAGCGGAGAUGAAGCUGCGCCUCGACUCUAUCGUCAUCCAGCAAGGCCGCUUAAUUGAGCAGCAGAAUAAACUGGGGAAGGACGAGAUGCUGCAGAUGAUCAGACACGGAGCGACGCACGUCUUCGCCUCUAAAGACAGCGAGCUGACGGACGAAGACAUUGACACCAUCCUGGAGAGAGGAGCCAAAAAGACGGCAGAGAUGAACGAGAGGAUGCAGAACCUGGGCGAGAGCUCACUCAGAAACUUCACCAUGGAUACGGGCGCCACGGAAACCAGCCUGUACAACUUCGAGGGAGAGGAUUACAGAGAGAAGCAGAAGAUGAAUAUGAUGGAGUGGAUCGAGCCUCCUAAGAGAGAGAGAAAAGCAAACUACGCCGUGGAUGCUUAUUUCAGGGAGGCGCUCCGAGUCAGCGAGCCCAGAGCUCCAAAGGCCCCUCGUCCUCCAAAGCAGCCGAAUAUUCAGGAUUUUCAGUUUUUCCCUCCACGUCUGUUCGAGCUGCUGGAGCUGGAGAUACUGCAUUACAGAAAGACCAUUGGAUACAAGGUUCCAAGGGCCUCGGACAUCCCGAAUGCAGCUCCGGUACAGAAAGAGGAACAGAAGAAGAUUGAUGAAGCAGAACCUCUCACACCUGAAGAGACUGAGGAGAAGGAAAAACUGCUCACACAGGGUUUUACGAGCUGGAACAAGCGUGACUUUAACCAGUUCAUCAAAGCAAAUGAGAAAUACGGCCGAGACGAUAUAGACAGCAUUGCCCGCGAGGUGGAGGGCAAAACACCUGAGGAGGUCAUUGAGUAUUCAGCUGUGUUCUGGGAGCGUUGUAACGAACUGCAGGACAUUGAGAAGAUCAUGGCGCAGAUCGAGAGGGGAGAAGCUCGAAUCCAGAGACGCAUCAGCAUUAAAAAAGCUCUUGAUGUGAAGAUAGCACGGUAUAAAGCUCCGUUCCACCAGUUGCGUAUCCAGUACGGCACGAAUAAAGGAAAGAACUACACGGAGGAGGAGGAUCGCUUUCUCAUCUGCAUGCUGCACAAGAUGGGCUUUGAUAAGGAGAACGUGUACGAGGAGCUGCGGCAGUGUGUGAGGAACACGCCCCAGUUCCGCUUCGACUGGUUCAUCAAGUCCAGGACGGCCAUGGAGCUUCAGAGACGCUGUAACACACUUAUCUCUCUGAUCGAGAAAGAAAACACGGAGAUCGAGGAGAAAGAAAAAGCGGAGAAAAAGAAAAGAGCUCCCAAAGGACAAUCAGCCCACAAGCGUAAAGCUGAACCCUCCUCUGACAGGAAGGAGAAGAAAUCGAAGACCUGAUUAAAGAAGUUUCUUUUUAUUCAUGGAGCAGCUCCACACAAAAAUAUAAUCUCACAUUUCAGUGAAGUUCAGCAUUAUUUCUUGAGCACAGGAGAAGAAUUUACCAAAAAAAAAAAGAAUAAUAAUUUCCUGACGAGUUCGUUUUUCUCAGCUUUCUCUUUACAAACGUUCAGUGCACUUUUUUCUAAAAUUUUGAACCGCAGUUUAUUUAUUGCAUGUCGACAUGCAAUUGCAGUUUUUAAAAAAAAAACGAUAUAUUCUUUAUCUGUUUUUAUAUGAUACGAUUUUUUUUCUCAUGUGCUCUGCUUCGGCUUUAAAAGCUCCUCAGUGAUCAGGUACAGAUUUUCUUCAUCACCCAGUUAUCUCUGAUGAAACGUUUGAAAUUGUGUGUCAGUUUAAUGUUAAUGCAGAAACCGAGGUUUUAUUUCACACAGCAUUUUAUGCUUGAGUUUUACCCACGCAAACUUUAUACGACUAAAUCAUAAUUUGUUAUUUAUGUGCCAUUUGAAGUGCUGAUAUAAUUAGUCUCACUGUUGGCUAAAAUAAAUCUCAAGUUACGAACGUGAGCCUGAUUGUUAGUAUUUAUACUUUUUUCUCAGUAACAAUCGUGAACAGAGGCCAAAUUAGCAAAGUGACUUGCAUUAGCAUGAUAUUCAGUAGCUAUCAAGUAGCGAGCUACUGAGUGUCUUAGAUAUUUCUGUAUUGGAUCUAAAAAUAUUGGAUAAAAAACUCAAAAUACCAAAUAUCUCCAUCGAGCUUUCUGUAACCUUCUGGAGAAGUAUUGUAGCUAGCAACAAGACUGUUGUUUUCCAGAAAAUACAGUUAUGAUGUUUUAUGAUGGGUUUUUUUUUUCUCUGAGAAGAGUUUUGUGUAAUCAAAAGGACCGUAUUUUACUCUGUUAAGGAAAAUUUACAUUACUGUUAAACAUUAAUACAGAUUUUGUGCAUCUUUGUAUACAUCUGCGUUGAGUGUUAUUAAAAAAAGAAAGAAAAAAGAAUACUAAA